UAUGGAAUAUCUCAAAAUCCUGAUACAAAAGAUUAUAUUAUGGUUCUUAAAUAUGCAAAAUAUGGUAGCUUUAAUAAUUGGAUAAAUGCAAACUAUGAACAUUUUAAUUGGCAAAAUAAAUUAUUUACAUUACUUAAUAUUAUAAAUGGUCUUAAAGAAGUUCACCAAAAACAAAGAGUUCAUUGUGAUUUUCAUCCUGGAAAUAUAUUAUUUAGUAAUCCUUCUAUAGAAAUAUAUGUUUAUAUUUCAGAUAUGGGAUUAUGUAAAGAUGUUAGUAAUGCAGAUAAAACAAAAAUUUAUGGAGUUAUGCCUUAUAUGGCUCCUGAAGUAUUAAGAGGAAAAACUUAUACUCAAGCAGCAGAUAUCUAUAGCUUUGGUAUGAUUAUGUAUUUUGUAGCAACUGGAAAACAACCUUUUGCCAAUUGUGCACAUGAUCAUAAUUUAGCAUUAGAUAUUUGCAACAGAAAUAGACCUGAAAUAAACGAGCCGGAGGCACCAAAAUUUUAUAUUGAUUUAAUGAAAAAAUGUUGGGAUUCAAACCCAAACAAUAGGCCAAGUAUUAUUGAAGUGGAAAAAUCAAUAUCAGUAUUACUUACAUCUAUUUAUAUUGCAGAAAAUAAUGAAAUAGAAAUACAAUUCAAAGAAGCAGAAGAAUAUAGAAAAGAAAAUCUUUUAUCUAUUAAAAAUUACCAGGAAACUACUCAUCCACAAGCUAUUUAUACAUCACGAUUACUUAAUCCUUUUACAAAAGAUCUUAAUUCUAAGUGUUUAGAUUGUGGAAUCUAA